AUGGCCGCAGACCUGAGCAAGGUCUCAAAUGCAACCCGGCCGGCCGGAUGGAAGACCCUGGCGCCCUCCCUGCCUAACAUCUCCGCGAAAGACUUGUCUUUGCCUCGCCUGCCUGUGCCUCCGCUUGCUGCAACUUCUGAGAGGUUGAAAGCAUCUCUAUUGCCGCUUGCUCAUUCGAAGGCGGAGUACGAUGCGGCGACGCGCAAGAUCGACGCAUUCGCAGGCGAGAAUGGACUGGGGAAGGUCCUGCAGCAGCGCUUGGAAGCCAGAGCUAGAGAGGAUGACAGGGAACACUGGCUGGAGGAGUGGUGGGAUGACGGAGGGUACCUCGGCUUUCGCGACUCGGUGGUUGUCAACGUUUCCUACUAUUACGGCUUCGAUCACCCACCAGCGCAUCUGCCCCGAGACCCCGCAUCGCGUGCAGCAGGUAUCAUUCGUGCAGCCAUGCUCUUCCGUGAACGGCUCAAACGGGGCGAGGUUCAGCCUGAGGCUACCAAAGAAGGGCCUUUAUGCAUGGAUACAUACAGAUGGAUGUUCGACUGCUCUCGAAUUCCCGGAUUACAAGGAUUGGACUGGAGCACGUCAUAUGCAAAUGAGAACCCGGAACACGUUGUCGUGCUUCGUAAAGGACGGUUUUGGAAGGUUACCGCGGCAAAAGAUGGUCAGGUCCUGUCUACGGGUGACAUCCGGAGGCAAAUAGAGCAUAUAUAUCAAAGCACAGCGCAGGAAUACCCUGCCGUUGGCAUCUUAACCUCGAAUAACCGGGAUGUUUGGGCAAAGGACUACGCGGAGCUAGCUAAGGACCCGCAUAACGCGUCUAUCCUGCGUUCUGUCCACUCCUCCGCUUUUGCUGUUUGUCUCGAUACCGAAAAACCUCGGGGGCCCAUCGAGCAUUCGCGGUACCUUUGGCACGGGUACUACCCUGCCGCACCGAUUCUGACCGCGAAGCGCACUGGACAGAUGGGCUUGAGAAAUAGAUGGAUGGACAAACCGUGCCAGUUCGUCAUCUUUGACAACGGCGAAGCCGGGAUCGUGGGCGAACACAGUGUCAUGGACGGCACGCCCACCACCCGCAUGUGCGACGAUGCGCUCGACGAUCUCUAUCGCCCCAACUUCAACCACGGCUCCUCUCUCCCCUCUGCUCCCGCACCGGAGCCACUGGACUGGCACGUAUUACCAGCGACGCAGAAGGCGAUCGACGAGGCGGCCAAGGCAGCAUAUGAGCUCAUUUCGGGCCAGGCGAUGAGCUACCACCUCACGCCAUACGGUAAAGCCGCCAUCAAGCGCUUCGGCGUCUCGCCCGACUCGUGGGCGCAGGCCAUCAUCCAGCUCGCGCAUCGCCGGCUGCUGUCGUCCUCGGAUAAGGUGCCGAAGCCAAGGAACGGAGGUACAUACGAAGCGGCAAGUGUCAGGAAGUUCCAUAAGGGGCGGACGGAGGCAAUCCGGGUGGUCAGCAGCGAGAUGGACGCAUGGGUGCAGAGCAUGGACGACGCGGGAGCCAGUGCGGAUGAGAAGAGGCUGAUGCUGAUGAACGCGGCGAAGAAGCACGUUGAACUGGCGAAGGCGGCGGGUAACGGGCAUGGCAUUGACCGUCACAUGCUGGGUCUGAAGAAAUCACUACGAGAAGGCGAGGCGCUACCGGAGAUAUUCUCGGACCCAUUGUAUGCGCGAUCAAGCUACUGGAUCCUGAGCACGUCCGCCAUAUUCUCGAAGCACUUCCCGACAUAUGGGUGGGGUGAAGUCGUCCCUGAUGGGUUUGGCGUAGCAUAUAUGACGGGCUACGAUGGUGAGUGCAAUCACCUGCAACUUGGAAAGUCCGGCGAGGACCUGGGAUGCUGA